ACGGCCGAGCCCCGCCUGCCAGGGCGGAAGAGGAUGUUCGAGUCCCCGGGGGUCUCAGCGGGUUGUCAGCCCCUUGACACUUCCAACUUCUCCAUUUUCUGACCAGCUGCGAUUCAAGAACCAAGAGAAGUCAAACAAGGAAGCAGCCAGCACAGAGAAAAAGCAGAAGUGGGGGCCCACGGUACUGUGCACCUCGCUGAGUGGGCCUGCCAGCUCGGGUCCAGCGGGGGCCUGGCUCUGCGGCCACGGUGACACCUAUGCAGGAGGGAUGACCUCUCGGGGCCCUGCCGUGGGGCUGACCUCAGCGCUGCUGCUUCUCUGGCUGCCAGGCUGUUUGUCCCUGAGCUGCCCCAGAGUCGUGGCAGGCACAGUCGGGGGCUCCCUGAGUGUGCAGUGUCACUAUGAGGAGAAAUAUAAAAACCACAGAAAAUUCUGGUGCCUUCAACCGUGUUGGGCAAACUGGGAGAUCGUGAAGACAGAAGUGUCAGAGAGAGAAGUGUGGAAUGGCCGUGUGUCCAUCAGGGACCAUCCUGCAAACCUCAGCUUCACAGUGACCCUGGAGGAGCUCCGCCUGCAGGACGCGGGCACAUACCAGUGUGGGAUCGAUAUAGCAUUGAGAUGGGAUACCACCUUCUUGGUUGAGGUGCGCGUGUCCCCAGCACUGACAACGAUGACGUCACCAACACCUGCAGAUACCACUGCCACCUGGACCACAAUCAGCAUGACGACAGUGCCAACUGUGGCAUCCACUGUGUCAGCUGCAGACAGUGCCAGCAACCAGGAGGGCCACCACAGGGACCACGGCAUUGGGCUCCCGCUGCUGCUCUCCCUGUUAGCCCUCCUGCUGCUGCUCUUGGUGGGAACCUCCCUGCUGGCCAGGCGGAUGCUUCAGAGACAGGCCAAAGGUGGACAGCAUCCAGAGCCAGUCCAGAGCACCGGGCAGGUGGCAGAGGCUCACUAUGCCAACCUGCAGCUGCAGCCACUGCGCCCGCGGGAAGGACCAACUCCCGCCAGGCAGCAGGAAGUGGAAUACAGCACCGUGGCCCUCCGAAAGCAAGAUGAGAUACACUACUCCGUGCUGACGUAUGACACACAGCCGCAGAACCGCCCCGCAGGCGGCACCCCUGCCCAGAUGCGCGCCAAGGAGGAACCCGUUUACACCAUGAUUCAGAGACCCAGGGGCUGCCCCUGAGUUGCUCCCCUCCUCCCACAGCGUGCUCCCCUCCAUGGUGACUGAUGGGCAGCUGGGCUUCCCUACUGCUGACCCUCCUAUUCCACCAGCUGGGCUGGGACGCUGGGAGCGGCAGGAAACCCCCUCCUCCUCCGUUUUUUUCUCUUUUUCCCUACUUCCCUCUGGUUCUGUAUGUGGGGGGAGAGGCAUGCAGCUCCUUGCCCCCAUGGCUCCAGGAGGCGACAACUCCUGCAGGGCAGGCCCGCGGCUCGGGAGACCUGGCAGGGGCCCACAUGCAUGGGGACGUGGGGACACCACAGAACCUCCUCUUUCCCAGCUCAUCCACGAGAGAAGCAAGGCCCAUUAUUAGUUUUAUCUCAGUGUAAGAGAUACAAACAGGGGCUGGUGUUGUGGUAUAGUGGGUAAAACCACCA